AUGGCAAAUGAUCGUAUUGACCUUCUCAAUGCAGCUUUCUCAGCAAUGAUGCCAGGAUUUCUUUUUGUAACAGAAAAAGAAUAUAAUGAAAGACAAAAUUCAUCUAAUGAACCUGAAACUGUUUUUUUACCAGUCGAUAUGUAUGCAUUCCAUAUGUGUACUCUUGUUGGUGGUAAUAUUGAUAGAGUUAACGUAGAAGAAGAUUUAUCUUCGGCAUCGGAAUCCCUUGGGCAGCUAACGUUAAGUAGUAAUACUCCUAUACAAAUUUUUGUAAAAAUGCUAUCUGGUGAAAGCAUUGCACUUGAAUGCAAUCAUUCUGAUACUAUUUACGAAGUAAAAAAACAAAUUCAUGAUAAAAAAGGCAUAUUACCCGAUCAACAGCGAAUUAUUUUUGCCGGUAAGCAAUUAGAGGAUGGGAAUACGCUUGCUGCCUACAAUAUUACCAAAGAAUGUACAUUACAUUUAGUUUUAAGUCUUGGUGGCGGUGGAGUUGUAAUAAGCUAUUUGAGCACUAAUUUCUUAGAUGCAGGCUACGAUUACGACUUUACAAAUAUUGAUGACAAAGAAGCGACGUACACCCGUGGAGAUGUUCCUUAUGUAAGACCAUGUGGAUGGCGACGUUUUGCUUUAAAAGUUAUUGGAAAAUAUGAUAACGGUAAUGAGGGAUGGCUUGGUGUUGAUGCAAAUGCAUGGCCUGUAUCUUAUCAUGGUACUGAUAAACAUAACUCGAAAUCAAUUUCUGAAGUGGGAUACUUAUUGAGUAGAGGAAGAAGAUUUGCUUACGGACAUGGUAUUUAUUCAUCGCCUGAUGUGAAUGUUGCUAAAUCAUAUGCAAAGGAAUUUGAAUAUGAUGGAAAUAAAUAUCUGGUAGUAAUUCAAAAUCGAGUAAAUCCUAAGGAAUUACUUAAAAUUCCGACACAGACAACCGGAGUCGGUGAAUAUUGGAUUUCGAAGAAAGACGAGGAUAUUAGACCAUACGGAAUUUGCAUCAGAAAAAAAAAUUAG